CUUCUUACUGAAACGCGCGUGAUUAACACAAUGCGGUUGCUGCGCGUGGCUCCGCUGCUGCCGCUCGCAGGUGCUCUCAUCACGCGCGAUGUGCCUCCACGCGCAAAGCAGGUUGCCAUCAUUGGCGCAGGAGCAGGUGGCUCAUCGACUGCCUACCAUCUCGCCCAGUAUGCUGCCGAAGCAGGCAUUCCCGCCAAUAUUACCGUGUUCGAGCGUAACGACUACAUCGGCGGGCGCACCACCACUGUUCAUCCGUGGGAUGACCAGACCAUUUUCGUCGAGCUUGGCGGCUCUAUCUUCGUCCAGGCAAACCGCAUCAUGGUGAAGGCCAUGGAAGACUUCAACCUCUCGCAUGUUGGCCAGGAUCUUGCAGAGGAACUCGGGCUGCCAGAUCUUGGAAUCUGGAAUAGCGAGGAGUUUAUUGUUGUAACAAAAUCAGACGAAAGCUGGUGGGAUACAGCAAAGUUGCUAUGGAGAUACGGUACGGCGCCAAUAUGGACGAACCGGCUGAUGAAGGGUGUUGUGGGCCAGUUCUUGUCCAUGUACGAAGAGCCGAUAUUCCCAUGGAAGAGCCUGACUGGUGCCGUUCAGGCUGUGGGCCUGGCGGGCGCCGUGGGCGUGACGGGCGAACAGUACCUCAAAGCGAACGGAAUUGGAGAGGCCUUCUCGAAAGAGAUUAUCCAAGCGAGCACUCGAGUCAACUACGCGUCAAACCUGCCAUUCAUACAUGGUGUGGAGACAAUGGUUUGCAUGGCUACUAAUGGCGCUACGCAAAUCCAAGGUGGUAACUGGCAGAUUUUCGCCCACAUGCUGAAGGCUGUCCACGCCAAUGUCUAUCUCAACACAUCCGUCAGCCGAAUCUCAAAACAAGCCGACGGCAACUACAUGGUUACUACAAAUAGGGGUCACACAUCAUCCUUCGACGAAGUCAUCGUUGCGACGCCUCUACAAUACUCGGAUCUUGUCAUCGAUCCUGCGCCACAGCACAUUCCCGACGAAAUUCCGUAUACGAACUUGCAUGUAACACUGUUUGCGACACCUUUCCGACUUAGUGGCAAGGCUUUCAACCUCGACUCCAAGGCGCCCGUACCAGAAACCAUUCUCACCACUCUACCCCCAUCUGAAGUCCCUGUAGAUGGCGUUGGCUCUCCUGAAUUCUAUAGCAUCUCCAUCACCAAUACCGGCCUCAACCCGCAGUCAUCACCGCCUCGGUUCGAGCACAUCUACAAAGUAUUCUCCACCUCUCCUGUCACUGCCUCCUUCCUCUCCAACAUGCUCGGCCAAGAGGUUUCUGACGAGGAAGCUGAGCACGGCAAAGCCAACGGAACUGUGAGCUGGAUCCACCACAAGGUUUGGAAUGCGUAUCCGCGAGAAUACCCACGCGUUACUUUUGAAGAAAUCAAGCUUGACCAUAGCUUGUGGUAUACCAGUGGCAUAGAGAGCUUCAUCAGCACCAUGGAAACUAGUGCUUUGAGUGGCAGGAACGUGGCCAAGCUAAUAGCAAACGAGUGGGUGGGUGUCGAUUCCAAGGAGGGAUAUUCCAACGCUGCAAACGAUGAAGGCUACCAAGUUGAGCUAUGAGAAGGACAGCUUGCCAUUAUUGCUGCAUAACAUGCUUACUUCGCUGAAAAGCCCUUAUGAUACAUGUGAGUUUUUUUUUAGGCAAGAUCAACACGCAUUCCUAGUGAAACAGAAUGGGAUUGGUGUGUGCUUUCUUUAGCGCGAGACUUUACAAUGUUUCUUCUUUUCUUUGUGAAGUGCUUGAUACAGAUGCGUUUCGUAUCAGGCGAGAGACGAGCUUCAUCGCAGUAUGAGCGUUAAUGUCUGCAGGACGGGCAAAUGAGAAGUUAUACGAUAAAUGAAUGUUUUGUUC